AGGAAGAAAAGGCAGACGGAGGAGGAGACGGAGACGGCAGCGGGCGCCAUUUUGGAAAAGCGAGAGACUCCUUCUCCGGCUUUUCUGCCUCCGCUUGCCAGCGCGGAGACCCAGCGGUCUUGCAGCCCUUCCCGCUUCUCGCUGCGGCGCCGGAAGGAAAACAACGACGACAAGAAAAACCCCGAAAAGCCACCCCACUUCGCCUCCCGUCAGCAGCGGCGAGGCCAAGAGAGCCGCUUCCACCCUUUAUUUUUCCCUCCGCCCUGUUAGGCUGAGUGGAGAGAGGAAGAGGGGGGAGGGGGCGAGACCCGGAUGAGGGAAGAAGCGGCCGACUGAGGGAGGCAGGACGAGGCCGAGCAGAGUCGGGGAGAGCGGGGGCGAGGUUGGGCAGGCCGGGAGGGGGCACAAGGGCAGGGGUGGUCUCUUUCGCCAGGGAAAGGAGGGCGGCGUUGGUGGAGACUUGGGUGGGGCGGGGUAGGAGAGAAAAUACUAUUAACUUGGGGUACAGUUUUUAAAAAAAACAGCCGGGGGUACACAGGAUAUUAGACCCCGGGGUUGGGGCGGCAAGGAGGGCGCAUCGACCUCUGCAGACCACAGCUCCUCUUACUGGGAGGGGGCUUCAGAGGGAGAUUCCCUGACCUUUCGCUCUUGAGGAUUUUGGCUUUUCGGGGGCCUCGUUUCCUGCCCCCUCCUCUCGCCCUGUGCUGGGCGCCCUAGAAGUGGGCGUCGAGGGUGCCCAAGGGGCGUCCCCAGGUGGCGGCGGUGCCUCGAGUGGGAUGUUCAUCUCGCCCAGUUAACUUCCUUUGUUUGGCCCCUACUUGUGGAAAAGAAGACGAAGAAAGGGGGGCGGCAGUCGCUCCAAGAGAAGGCCGCCGCCUGAGAUUCUCCCGGGCGAAGGGUUGGUUUCGGCUGUCGGCUCCACGGACCUGAGGAUGGCUGCCAAUCUAGGCGACCAGCGUGCCUCGGAAUGGGCUCCCCAGUACAAUCUGGGCAACGGGAGCAGCAGAGAGAAUGGAAUGGAAGGCCCCAUGCAUGAGAACCCCGAAUGGGAGAAGGCCCGUCAAGCACUAGCUAGCAUUAGUAAGGCCAGUGCUGCUGCUGCCUCUGGCAAUAACAAAGGUUCCAGCAAUGGACAGGCUAAUGCACAGUAUGCAGCCCAACAAGGAGAAUCCUUGCAGCAGCAGCAACAGCAACAGCAGCAGUACUAUCAGUGGUAUCAGCAGUACAACUACCUCUACCCCUAUAAUUACUAUUACCCUAUGAAUGUCUAUCCUGGGUAUGGCUCUCCUGGACAAUACGGUGUCCCAGGUUCUUACUCGUCCACAGCAUCCCAGCAACCACCAGUUCCUGGACAGCAUCAGGGAAACAUGAACCAGCCUCCAGUCCCAGGCAUGGAAGAUGGAGGGAUGUCCUACCCAGGCCAACAGCAACAGAUGCAAGUCCCCAAUCCCCCGCAGUCCCCUAUGCAACAUCCCAGCCAUCCUUCACAACAUAGCAACCACCCCAUGGGCUCUGGGGGGCAGCAACAACAGGGGGGGCCUCCUGGAGGGCCGCACUGCCAGCAAAACCAGUCACCAAACCAGUACAACCAGCAGCAGCAUUCCUACCAGGAUGCCGCCAAGCCCAAGAAAGGACACCAGCUGUGGAACCGCAUGAAACAAGCACCUGGGUCUGGUGGUCUGAAAUUCAACCUACCAAAACGCCCCUUUGUGGUAACAAAUCAGAACUUCAACUCCUCAGAGCAACAGCAGCAACAACAACACAGCAACUUUGGUUCCCAGCAGAAUUCUGAGAAACGCCACAAUCACAGUUCUUCAACGGGGAAGCCAGAAGACUGGCCACCAGACAUGAAGGAGUACGUCCAACGCUGCUUCACUGCCUGUGAGUCGGAAGAGGACAAAGACCGCACUGAGAAGCUGCUCAAGGAAGUUCUACAAGCUAGGCUGCAAGAUGGCACUGCCUAUACAAUUGACUGGAGCAGAGAGCCACUUCCAGGCUUGGGCCGAGACAGCAUGGCUGAAAGCCCCAAGAAGAAACAGCAGCGCUGGGAGGUGUCUUCUCUCCACUCACCACGAAACUCCAUGCAGUCCAGCCUUUCCCAGCAGCAGCAGCAACAACAGCAACAGCAACAACAGCAGCAGCAACAGCAGCAGCAGCAGCAGCAGCGAAGUGGUGGUGGCAACUCUCAACCACAGCGUGGAGGAGGUGGCGGAGGAACGGGGGCUGGUCGUACUCGUGGAAAUGGCUUCCCCACCAAGUUCGGAAACCGCAAUGUCUUCAUGAAGGAUAACAGUUCAUCCUCAAGCGUUGAUUCACGUUCCAGGUCACGUUCCUCGUCACGGUCUCCCAGCCGCCACUUCCGACGGAGUGAUUCUGAUUCAGACAGUUCCUAUUCAGGCACUGAGUGUCGCUUGGGUGGCCGCAGGAACACCCAGAAGAACCGGGGCCGCGGAGGCCACAUGGAACGAGGCCGGAUGAGAGGUCAGCGGGGGAAAAGGCAUGAUCAGGGCCCUUCCAAGCGCAACCGGAAGCGCAACACCAUGGACUAUGAAGAUCCUGAGAAAGAGUUCAAGAAGGAGCGGCGGGCAGCCCGCUUCCAGCAUGCAAGCCUUUUCAAAAAACUGCGCCUGGAGCCCCUCAUUUUGCAGAUCAAUAGCCUUGACAGCACUGGCUCUGAUGGACUCGACUGGAACGAACUGAAAAUUGUGGGCACCUGCCAGGAGAUCACCAAACAUUACCUGCGUCUCACUUGUGCACCGGACCCCUCUACUGUCCGGCCUGUGUCUGUGCUUAAAAAAUCAUUGACCAUGGUGAAAUCUCACUGGAAAGAGAAGCAAGAUUAUGCCUAUGCUUGUGAACAGAUGAAAUCCAUACGGCAAGAUCUCACUGUUCAGGGAAUUCGUACAGAAUUCACUGUGGAGGUCUAUGAAACCCAUGCCAGGAUAGCACUGGAGAAGGGUGACCAUGAGGAGUUCAACCAGUGCCAGACACAGCUGAAGUCACUCUAUGCGGAGAACCUCCCUGGGAAUGUUGGAGAAUUCACUGCUUACCGCAUCCUCUAUUACAUUUUCACAAAAAACUCAGGGGACAUCACUACAGAGCUGGCGUAUUUGACGAAAGAGAUGAAAGCGGACCCCUGUGUGGCACAUGCGCUCGCCUUGCGGGCUGCCUGGGCCUUGUCCAACUACCACCGCUUCUUCUGCCUGUACCGACAAGCACCCUGUAUGUCCGGCUACCUCAUUGACAAGUUUGCUGAGCGAGAGAGGAAAUCGGCCCUCAAAGCCAUGAUCAAAACUUUCCGCCCGGUGCUUCCAGUCUCCUACGUUGUGUCAGAGCUGGCCUUCGAGAGCGAGGAGGAGUGCCAAGCCUUCCUCGCAGCUCUGUCCCUUGUGUAUACUAGUCCCGACGCCACCAAGAUUGACUGCAAGCAGAGCUUGGCGGUCCUGGCCAAUUUCUGAAAGUAUAAGGCCCACUUCCCCGCCCUGCCCCGUUUUUAACCUAUGUACAUAUGUAUAUAUAUUUAUACAUAUAUAAAACCAGAUUCAGUUGGCUGCUGUGGGCAUGCCGGAACCUAGUUGUGCCGCGCCUCUCCCGCUGUCCACGCCACACACGGAGAGAAGAGGGGUAAGAUCCAAGGACAUCGGAUGGCGUCUGAGACCACCAGGAACGGAGAAGAGCAGAGAGUUCAGUCUAAUGAUUGUGUUUUUUGCCAGCAGUGGGGUAGGGAGGUGCUGGGGAAUACGUGAGCAUCAGUUUACGAUCAUCUGUUGUUUUUCUUCCCCUCGUGUCAAGAUGCAUGAGAAACCAUAGCUGCAAGACCCCAUCCAUCACUCAUUGGUCAGAAAUGGCUGAGAUAAAGGGUUGGGGAAAGAAACAGGGAUCUCUAAGUGAAUCACUGGGAGAUGCGGAAUUAACUGCUGUCUCCUUGUGUUGCCGUCCCUUCACGCUCACAAGAGUGUUCAGGAAGUUAGAAUGAUUUCUCCCUAAGCUACAGGGGGACCCCCUUUGUCCAGAUUUUUCUAAAACCACACGAGUAUCUUUCCAGAGGCGUAAUUUCAUCUAGAUUCCACCUGGGAAAACACUUGAGAAGUCAGCGGUACAUGAGAACUAACGGUUCCCUUGUGUAAAUAUGUGGAAUGAUGAUUUUGUACAGAAGCUACAAGUUGUAAAUAAUGCUAGGAAAACUCUUUGUUUUCUAAGAGGAAAAAAAGAAUCUGUGCUUUUCUACUUUUAUAAUGAUGAGUUUAACAGAUGGUUUUCUCUGAAGAUGAAAAAUCCAGGUUGUUUUGUGUGCGCAUUUUGUGUUCUCCAUUGUGCUCCUCAAAAACUAACGCUGUCUCAGUUUUUUCCUCUUCCGAGCUACGGCCUGGCUCCAAAAGAGCAUGAGAGGGAGAAAUGAGAGAUGCCACCUCUCCAGCCGAUCAAAAAACCAGCCUGAGGGGGAUGAGCAAAGCAAAGCCUGCCUUGGCGUGUUUCCUACCAGUUUCAGUGACUUUUUCCUGUGCAGAGAAUGCAAAAGACUUACUUGUAAAUUGCACCUCAUUGUGGAUGUGGCGACAUAAAGAGAAUCAAAUCAAGGCAGUAAGAAGGAACCACAGAGGAAUUGAAUCAACACACAAGAUGAUCCUUGCAAUCUCCUCCUUUUCUAUUGUGUUCUGGAGUUGUCAUGCUCAGGUUUUUUUAAAAAAAAUUAUUUAUUUAUUUUUUCUCCCUCUGUCCUCAGUUCUUUACAGGUAAACUCAGAAAACGCACCACCCCAUUUCCACUUUUCUUCCUUUACAUUGUUUCAAUUUUGUUUAAAGUUUUGAAAGAUUGUCCAAUUGUUUCUCUCCCUUCCCCAUUUCUCUCUCUCCCCCUUCUUUCCCACCCUUAGUCUCUAGCCUUCUCAUAAUCCCUUCCCCACCCUCUCCUUUUCUCCUUUGCUCUAAUUCUUCUUUUCUUUCUCUCUUUAUUUUUUGAACAUGUGUAAUUUUGGGAUGUUUUGGCUUGGGCUGGAUUUUUCAAAGAUUCCUUUUUCCUUUACAGAAACCUCUGAAUCUUUUUCCAACUGAUUAAAAGCAAA